AGGUUCGUAAAAUUGUGCUCGGUGCCGUCAAUCACAACUUUCACCAGGCUCAAAUAAUGGAGGGCGAAAUAAAUCAUGUCAUUGGCAAGGUCAUCAUCCAAGAGUUGGUGAAAAAUGAAAAAAUCAAUUUUGAUACAUUCAUCAAGCUCGUCAACAACAAACAAAUAGCCGAUGAACUGCUACAGGCCAAUGUUUUCUCAUAUAACCCGGAAAGUAGAAUCGUCACCUUCCAGUCUCGCGCAACUGAAGUUUUUGUGAGAGAGUCCAGAAUUUUCGUUGAAAGGAUCUAG